AUGUCUCCGUCCAGGAAGCCAUCAACGAGCGCUCCAGCCAGCUCCAAGUCAGCCAAGGCAAGCUCUGGAUCUAUCGCCCGCGGCCGUAGGAGCCAAAAGAGCCAGAAGACCUCAAAUGGUGAGGCAGAUGAUCCUCUCUACAUUGAUGAAGGAGCAGAGAGCGAUUCGAGCGUUCGGAGCGAUCUUUCCAUUUCGUUGCGAAGCAAGAAUCAAUCCAGAACAAGCUCACAGACUCUCAGAGACGCCAAGACGCAACAAGCAAGCCAUACGUACUCGGAUCCGGCGUCGAAGGACGACAGCCCACCAAAUACCAGACUCCGUGCCAAGAUCACAUUCAGCAAGUCGUCGUCGAUCAACAUGCCAGAAUCAAGCACUCGUUCCGCUCGCAGCAAGCAAACCGGAAUUUACGGCAUCGCUGGAACGGGGCGGAUGGUCACUAUGGACGACUCAGACAGGGCUCAGCCAAAUGGAACAGACUCAGAAGCUUGGGCUAUGGUCGAAGAGCUAAAAGAAAAGAACAGGAAGUUGAAGGAGCAGUUGAAAACAGCCUGGAAAGUCCGAAGUGAGGUGGAAAGAAAGAAGGUGCACUGGAAAGACAAAUAUUACGACAAGUGCAUUGAGCAAGGUGCUGAGAAGACCAAGAAAAAGGAUCUUCCCGCCCAGCUCAAACAGGCACUCGAGCAGAACGAGACACUCACGGCGAAGUUCGACCAACAGGAUGCAAUCAUACGAAAAUGGCAGGACAAAUCGGUCGGCAAAGCAAGAGGAGACUUCCCUUACGACACCGACGAUGUUGUUGCCAGCAACAUCGAAGCACUCUUCAGGAGCGUGAAGGGCUGGGCGAGCAAGUAUGCUGUUAGUGAGUGGCAUGCCGCGGACCAGAAUGGUCUCCAAGCCGUUCUCGAGACCUUGGAGGACGAGUCCAAGCCUGCAAUCGCUUCACCAAAAGCUAUUACGGCUAUACUGACAGGAAGAAUCUCGCCAAAGAUUGUGACAAUGGCCAUCAUGAAUCGCAACUUGGUCAGCGCGACACUGUCCAGUCAUGUCAGCAUUCUCACGGAUGAUGAGCUGCUGUCGGACACGAACGGUUCAGCCGACCUUCUCAAACACAUAUUUCAUGUGCUCAGCCUUGCUUCACCUGCCGCCACUUCAAUGUUCAGAUGUACAGUCAUGACUGCAGUCAAGCCGGAUGAGGUAGGCAUAGACAACAUCGUCAGAUCUAAAGAAUUGUCCAAGCGUUUUGAGAAGCAAGCUCGUCGGCUUGCCGAAGAAACGAUGAACGCCGUCGCUAGCCUGCUUGUCGUGAAAGACCAGCAUGCUCCGAAAGCUGAGGCUGAUCUUGCAAGCAUUGCGGGCAAGUUCAUUUCCACUGCAAUAGCAUUGCACGCGCAGCCGCCGCACACAUUCGCCGGGUUCCAGGAGCACCUGAGGGCAGCACACUUCGACAUUCCACACGAGCUUAUGGACCCGCAUCCUUUGCUCAACUUGAGCGCGGCCAAAGGCCAAGCCGGAGAUACUCCCGCGGACGCUGGAGUGCUCGGACAAUGUCCUGAUCUCAUCAUACAACCUCUCGUGAGCAGAACAGGUGACAAUCUGGGUCAGAGCUCGGAUGAAGAGCGAACAAUUACCAAGGCUCUCGUCUGGAUGUGUCGCCCUGGUGGACUGGAGGAGGUUACGAUGUCACCUAAACACCCGAAGACCAGCGCGCCUCCAAGGCCAGUCAGGCAGCAAGUCCCAGACUACGCGUUUGUCGGCACAACCAGCGAGCAAACCAAGGCCACUGGCUGCGGCUUAGGUGGACGGCAACUUCUUGAAAAUGUCAGCGGGCGUGACCACGAUUCCGGAGGCGAAGGGCAGCAGACCAAUGUGAGUGUCGUGGUUUCGCGCCAAGCAGAGAAGCGAUCUCGAGAGGACGAUGUUUCUUCCUCGGCUAAGAAGGCACGCAUCGAUCAUUCACCUGAAUCGAGCUCCCGCAGAAGUGCAAGCUCAGAGUCGCCCUUGAGCGAAGUCUCCGCGUUGACAGCCGAAACAGCCACUUCGACAGCCCAGCAGCUCUCGUAUCCCGCAGAGAGGAGCCCGGAGAUAUGA